GGGUACGAAUAAGCUAUCAUUUUAUUGAUGGUAAAAAUGAUAGAGCUUAGGAGAAGUAAUUUCAACAUAAGAAAAUCUUGGAAAAAAAUUAGCUCGUGAGGGAUUUGAACCCUCGUCUUCCCAUGACUGUGCGCCAGCUGGGCGCUCUAACCGCUGAGCUAACUAGCCUCGUUGUAGAGCCUUCGAUCUUCCACUCUCAUUCCUGUUUAUGACGUCAUACUCAAAGGAUAUGGAAAAUGCGGUCUACUUUGGGCUUACAUUACCUAUCACUAAAACAUUUACUUAGUGUUUUCUUUGUCUUCUUCUUGCUCACAUAUUACCAUUUCUUGCCAUUUCCGACUACAAUUCUACUUUCAACCCAGCUUCUUCACGAUCCGUUUUAAUUUUUGCGUGAUAUUCUAAAUUACAAACUCUAUAUAGUUCGCGAUCAUGGCGUUUGCAACAGAUAUGUUGAAAUAUCUAGAACUCAAUAAAAGUCAAAAUAUUGAGAUGUGAAGCGAAACACAAAGUCGUAAGCCAACGGGACCGCGAAAACCAAAUAAUUAAAUUGUUGAGGGCUGCUACCGCUGAUGCCAAUAAUCAAGACGAGAUAUGGAAGUAUAUGGAUGAGAAAGAAAUGCAACGGUUCAUUGCUGAACUGAACUCUCGAGAUCCUUCGUCGUGGUCAGCCACCAAUCCACAUUUUGCGCAGCCCAACGUGUAUAAAGAUUUGGGGAGAAGAUUCGUACCGCAAUAUCCUUAUACGGAGAAUCAAGAAGAAGAGGAUGUCAAUUAUCUAACACCAGAAUUGGCGACCCCGGAACUUCUGCUGGCAUUAGCAAAGCAAGCCUCGCUUUGGACAAAUCCCGACUUGAACAACGCUUAUAUUCAGCCAAGACACAUUCAGAAGAACAUAUUGAGAAGCGGUAAUUAUUGGGAUGGUUUCUGGAAAGAAGAUAUGGAUCCCAAGACUCUGUUAAGAUCAAAUGAUAAACUCAAAAUGGUAAAUAAAGAAGAGGAAAUUGCUGAUGAUUUGACCCCACAAUUGGCAUCGCCAGAAAUUGUCCUAGCGUUAGCCAAACAAGCAGCAAUUCUAGAAGCAUCUAAACCUGUAAAUCCUAGCGAAGAUAUCGUUCAGAAAAACAUUUUAAGGAGUGGGAAUUAUUGGAACGAUUUUUGGAAAGAAGACGUUAAUGAUGCUACGAACAUUUUGCGAUCCAACAAAAAAAUCAACCUGAAAACCAUUAAGAUUAAAAUCACGCCAGAAGAUGACGAGUACGAGGCUAUAAUGAAAUUGAAGAAAAUAUCACCGUAUUUAAUUUACGCGGUAAACAAUAAAAAAACAUACUAAAUAAAAGGUGGUUUGUGUAAUA